AGCCAUGUUGGCUCAAGCCAUUUUGGCUGAAGGGCGCCGUUCCCAGGCUAGCGCCUGGUAGCGGGGGCGAACCUCCCGCCUUCCUCUCUCCCGCCUCGGUCCGCCUGAAGGCGGGGGCGAGCAGCUCGCUGGCUGGCGAUGGCAUCGGUUUGGGCGCGGCGCAGUCUUGGAUGCCAUCCUCGGGAUCCAGGGCGUGCGCAGGGCGCUGCAGGAGUCCCUGUUGCGCCGAGCGGUGGAGGUGGCAGCAGCGCAGGUCGUCGGUGGUGGCGGCAGCGCGCAGGCCAUCGCCGAGGAAAAAUGCCGUGUUCUCAAGGACUUGGAGGCCGUCUGGGAGCAAGCGGGCCAGCGCCGGCAGCUGGGGCGCAAGGCUACCCUCGGGGAGGUCGCCAGCGAGCUGGUUGCGAGGAACCAGCGGCCGCCUGCGAAGGAGCUCAGCGCGGUGAACACGGCGAGGAGGGCGGUGACCCAUCAGCCUGUUUCGGUACGGCAACGUGUCGGCGCCGCCUUGCAGCUCCCGAAGGGCAGCGACGCCGACAGCAUGGCGGACACCGCGGCGAGCGACCACGUGGAGCUCGUGGCCGAGGCGGAGCGCAGGGCAGCCGCCAUAGAGGCGCAGUUUGCCGAAACGCGGGCUGAGCAACUCCAGCAGGUCACGGUGCUCGAGGCGGCGCUCGAUGACGUCGGCCGCACGGCGGCUACUGCCGAUGCGAGGGCCCAGGCAGCAGUGGUGAAGGCGGAGCGCGGCGAGAAGGCUGCAGCCGCAGUGCGCCUGAGCUUGGGGGGCGAGCGGGACGCAGCACUCGAGCAAGCGGCGGAGGCCCCGCGGGUGCUCGGGCGCGAGAUCGCCCGCCUCCAGCAGCAGCACGAGGCUGAGCGGGUCGCCGAGGAGGCGGCCGAGCAGCCAGCGGCGCGCUGCCACAGGCCGCGCUUGGUCCGGAGCCAGGCCGGCGGCGGCGGAGGCGCGAUGGCUGAGCCUGGCCUGCGCAAGGCGCCCACCUGUGUAUGCAUAGUUGCACUUUACGCUUGGUGUGUUGAUGGUGCUUUUGGUGUUUGGCAGUGGUAGUAUGGAAUACUCUGAUUGUUCACGCCUGGUUCCAUCACAGCGUAUUGCAGAGGGCCUCUUACACAUGGACAGUGUGUACAGUAACUUGUUUUGGACGUGGUCUGUUGCCUGGCGAGCUGGGGCGCCGUCCCUAGUAGUCGCCAGAAGGGUUUCGCUUGGCCGUGCAUGCGCUUUCCUGGAGAGCCGGGACGCGGUCCCCAGUUGUCGCCAGAAGGGUGUCGCUUGGCCGUGCAACCUCACUUUACCCACUGCCGUUUAUGCUUGAGGUGUUGUUGGUUCUUUUUGUGAUUGGCAGUGGCAGUUUGCAAUGCUCUGAUCGGUCCAUCAUCGAGUACUGCAUUUCUCUAGGCUUCGCGCGCUGAGGCGCUGUCCCCAGUUGUCGCCAGAAGGGCUUCGCUUGACCGUGCAGGCGCGCGCUUGGUGAGCUGGGGCGCUGUCCCCAGUAGUCGCCAGGAGGGCUUCGCUUGGCCGCGCAAGCACAUGUUGCAUUUUGCUUCACCAGUUAUCCGUGCAAUGCGGGUACAUUCCCCCUUUAAUUUCGGUGCGCUUCGCGCUCUGUGUCGUAAGAGUGGCCUUGAGGCCUCAGUGGCUUCAGUGGCUGGCAGGCCGCACUCAGGCCUUAGAAGCCUUCUGGGCAGGGCUGUGUUCGCUUCACUCGUGGCUCGAGCGCUGCCCCUUCGGUAGCUCGACGCGCGCACGCGCGCAAACGCGC